AUGGAGAAACUAUCGCAAUCAUCUUCGUCCUUUCCUGUCGAUCUAACCAGAGAGAUACUCUCAAGGCUCCCUGAUAAAUCUGUUGCGAGGUUUCGUUGCGUGUCAAAGCUUUGGUCAUCAAUCACCACCGAUCCAUAUUUCAUCAAAUUGUUCGAAACUCGGUCCGCAACGAGGCCGAGUCUUCUACUCUGCUUCAGAAAAGAAGAUGACGAUUUGUGUGUCUACUCGAUUCAGCAGAAUCCGAACGAGGCUUACUCUUCGUCUUCUCUGCCUAUUAUUAGUCGUUAUCAUUUGAAGCUCCCGGAGCAUGUUCAGAAUCCGAAAGACCAUCGUUAUUGUUACUUUCGCUUUACGGAAUCUGUCCAUGGCUUGAUCUGCCUUCAAGCAGAUCAAAAGCCAAUAGUUUGGAUUUGGAACCCUAGCAUGAGAAGAUUUAUACCUUUACCUAAUCCCCAUAACCACAAGAGCUGGAAAAAAGUAACACUCUUUCUAGGAUACGAUCCCAUCGAAGGCAAACACAAAGUUGUGUGCCUUCGCUAUAAGAAAGUUUCCUACGUAUGCCGAGUUUUAACGUUAGGAUCAGCUCAAGAAUCAUGGAGAACGGUCAGAACACAUCUUAAGCACCGUGCUUAUUGUUUAAGCUCGGAAGGACGAUGCAUCAAUGGGGUGAUAUAUUAUAACGCCGGUAUUUCUGGUUACCCGCUACAUUCAGCUUUGAUGAGCUUUGAUGUCAGAUCUGAAGAGUUCCAUAUGAUAGAAAAACCACCUGGUGUUGUUAGCGAGGAUGGUCCGAUAAAUUAUGGGGGGAGGUUAGCUUGUAGUGAUAGUUGUUUUGUCAGAAGAAACAAUGAAAGUAGAAGAUUGUGGAUUUUGGAGCAUGCAGAGAAACGAAAGUGGAAACGGUCGACUCAAGAUUUUCUUGUACCUUUACAAGACUAUGGUAACCCCGAGUUCAAACUAGCAGGUUUCACUCAUGCUGGUGAGUUUGUUUAUGUACCUGAAAAAUUUCAUAGAUCGUUGUGUAUUUUAUUUUAUGAUCCGGUGAGAAACAGCUGCAGAAGAUUCGAGUUUAAAGGAAUCGCAGACGAAGAAUCUUGCCUCGAUUAUUGGUACCAUCAGUAUGAGCUCCAUGUUUUCCCGAAUCACAUUGAGAGUCUGUUUCUUUGUAACAGUUAG